CUGGUCGCCUCCGAUCUUCUUAACGAUCCUCCGAAGCCAUACCAAGCUAUUUCUCAUCAACUUCGAGCUCUCCUUAGUCUCAACUUCUCGGUUAACAUAACCCGACCAUCAAUCCCGUCGCAUCAUAUGAUAUAUCGAUUUAUGCAAUUGCGAAAACAUCACCGACGCAAAGAUGAAGUUUCUCCCACUUCGCGAUUUCGACGUCAUCACCUCGGCGCUAAAUUUCGACACGGCCGAAUGUCGCGUCAAAGGAGGAUGCGACCUUUAUACGACAAAAGCCGCCGGUUCCGACAAGAAGCUAUACAAAUCAAUUGAAACAUCUCUCGAAACUCAACAUGCCGCUCUCCUUAAAUUCGGUGCUUCUCUCUCACCGCCACAACGGAAGGAGAUGGCCGCAUCACUUAAUCUGUCGCGUUCCAGCCCUUUUGGUAAUCUCAGUGAGAUCUCGAGUCGUCGCACCUUCGCCUAUCUAAUUGCAACGCUAAAUGCAAGCCAUCCCGAUUAUGACUUCUCUCAUGUAUUGCGCCCGACGGACUUCCGUCGUGAGCGUAACCUGCAACAUGUAAUGGCGAACAUCGAUAAUACGCUGAAUAGCGUUCGGCCACUAGGUUCCUCGCUCCUUUCGCCCAACGCAAACACUUCGUAUCGUUCUUAUAGUAGUUCUCCUUCGCCUAAUCUGGCCUCGGGAGGUGAUUCGAUCAGUCCCGCUUGGAACCCACACAUGUGGACCAUGAUUGAUAAGGAAAUGGCUCUGAAGGAUUGCACAGUAUUCUCGUAUCAACCACAAGAAGAUCCUUUUGACGGUGACGAAUCCGCUAUCUGGCGCUUGCAUUAUUUCUUCUUCAACAAGAAUAAAAAGCGAGUUGCAUACCUUUAUAUUCGGGGUUUGCCGAACUUAGUUAACUCGCCUGCGCUUGCGCCUCAUAGGCGUGCAAGUAAUGGCCUAUCCAAACGCCAUGCGACACCCUUACCCGGUAGCCUGGGCGCAAACAAGCGCGCUAAGUUCUGGUUAGGAGAUCAACUCGCGAGUCGUAUUAUCACCGAUAGUGAGUACGAUGAUGACGACGAGUAUGACGAUGACGAUAUGAUUCUAUAUGAUCCAGACGAGGAUGUUGAAAUCGAUCCGUUACAUGAUCCCACGUCUAAUGAGGAGAGCGAUGAAUAUGAUGAGGACGACGAGGACGAGGAGAAAAUUGAAUACAAACAUGUCGCACAUUCGGUUAGGGGUAUGAGUGAAGACAUUGCGGCGAGAAUGGAGAUGUAAAAGUAGGUGUGCUCUUACUCCAGCGGUUGAGUUCCGCUCCCUUUCCAUUGUUCCAUUUCUUUUCGGCGUUCAAGGAUGGAAUGGAGGUGGGGGUGGGUAUGAGAAUCCAAGGAGUAAUUGCGGAUAUUGAAUGGAUAGACGGUCCGUGUUUUCGGGUUAAGGAGCCAGGUUCACGGUGUCUUCAACAAGACAGCACAAACAGGUGUACGAAUUUUUGGCGUUAUGGACAUGUUAAUGUUGAAGAGCGUGUUUCGGCGCUCGAUACCGCAGGAUCAUGUUUUACAGCGGUAUUUCUUUUUAUGACAACCAGGGGGCGAAAUGACGAGCGCUCGGAUGCCGGCGUGUAUGGAAUAAGUGUAUUUCUGACAAUAAGUGUAUUCCUGACGAGUUACAUGGUUUUGUUCAGUGCACGGAUCAGCUUGAUUCAGUCCUUGCCAUUGCAUGAGGACUUCAGACAUACGAAUAUAAACUAUGAAUUCCAGUUUUGCUUGGCGCUAUGCGUGAAGCUGAAAUGGCGUACAAGGCAAGCUAGUCUAGCCCUGACUUGGGGAAACAUUAGGUUGCUUUCAAGGUACGUAAGUUUUUCGAUUUCAUACUAGUAGCUCUCUAUGAAGUAUAUCGUGAAAAAUUAGAAUUUUGUCUUGCACCAUUAGUGUUUCUUAUCAUACU